AUGAUGGAUGCCAAGGAUAAAAAAGUAGGAUUUAUAUAUGAUGAAAGAAUGCUUUUACAUAAACUCUCUAAGUAGCCUCCUCAUCCUGAGUGCCCUGAAAGAAUAGAAAAAAUAAUAGAAAACUUAAAAAAAACUGGAUUAUGGAGUUAAUUAGAUGUAAUUAACUAGGUAGAGCCAAUUUAAAAAGAUAUUUUAAAUAAAGUGCACAGAGAUUCAUAUGUAGAUUUAGUAGAAUAAAUGUGGCCUGAAGGCUGUGAAAAAGAAAACAUGGUUUUAAAUGGAUGUUAUUAUAAUAAGUACACAGGAUAAAGUGCUUUUUUGUCAUCAGGUGCUGUAAUUUAAUCAAUAGAUUUGAUCAAAUCCAAAUCUUGGCAUACUGCUUUUUGUUGUGUUAGACCGCCUGGACAUCACAGUGGAGCUUCAUAGUAGUGUAGUGGAUUUUGUUUCUUUAACAAUGUUGUUGUGGGAGCCAAGUAUUUAAGAGAAAAAUAUUCAGUCAAAAAAAUAGCAAUUUUCGAUUUUGAUGUACAUCAUGGAGACGGAACUCAAGCUCUUACAUACGAUGAUCAUGAAUUGUUAUUUAUAAGUAUACAUUAGUAUGAUGAAGGAAAAUUUUAUCCUUUCUAAAGUGGAGAUUUAAGUAAAGUAGGAAAUGGAUUUAACAUUAAUAUUGGUUGGAACACUUCAAAUUUUUAAAGUGCUGGAGAUGAUGAAUACAUUUAUGCUUUUGAAUCAAUUGUAAUGCCAGCAUUGACUGAAUUUUAGCCAGAUUUUAUAUUUAUUUCUGCCGGAUUUGAUUCAGCAGCUAACGAUAAACUAGGUAGGUGCUAAUUGACAAAUAUAGGAUACGAAUAUAUGAGUUCAAGACUAGUAUAAAUAUUUCCUAAUUUAUUGUUUGUUUUAGAAGGUGGAUAUAACCUUGAUAGCAUAUAAUGGGCAUCAGAAGCUGUUAUUAGGAGAAUUUUGGAUCCUUUAAACGAAAAAUAACUUGAAAGUUUGAGAAAUAACAUACUGCCAAACUAGAUGUCAAUAAAAGUAAUUAAUGAAUGUAAGCUGGCUCAUAAUAAAUUUUGGAAAUUACAAGACAAAUACAACAUUACAAACAUCAUAGAAAAAAAUUAAUUUUUUGGAAAAAGUAUAAUAUCAGAUUUUAGUAAAAACUUUAAGAUAGACAACUUCAAUGAUAAAUUAUAUUACACUUUAAAUUAAAUUGAGAUUUAAUAUUUAGAGAAACCUGAGUUUAGGUAGCUACUUUGGCAUGGAAAUUAAAUGAAAUAGUUUGGAAAUGAAAUGCUAUUUGAAAUUUAAAAAAGUAUUGAUGUGGGUUUUGAGAUAAAGAUAGUAGGUGAGGAUAGUAUUAUCAUAAAAGGAAUAAAAACAAAAGAUUUUGAAAAUAGAUAAUUAGAUGUAAUAAAUUAAACAAUUCAAUAUCAAUAAAAGGUUUUUGAACAUUUUACAGAAUAAUUAAAAGAAAAAAAACAAAUUAUUUAUGAUUCUAUUAAAAACUAAUUAAAAGAAAUUUCAAAUAUUCCAAUAAAUUCACAGCUAAUAAUUGAUGGAAGUAAUUGCUAAGUGAUAAUCUCGCACAUACCAAACAACAAUAGCAAUCUGAUAAAUAUCUAAUAAAUUUGUGAAUAAUUAUCCUCUUAUUUCUAUGAUUAGGAGAAAAAGUGA